AUGGCCAUGCACUGGCUGCGACCGUUGUCUUCUCGCCUUCUCGCUUCUCUCGUUCCCCCUUCUCCCUUCUCUCGUUCUCCCUUCUCCCUUCUCUCGUUCUCCCUUCUCCCUUCUCUCGCUCUCCCUUCUCUCGUUCUCCCUUCUCCCUUCUCUCGUUCUCCCUUCUCCCUUCUCUCGUUAUCCCUUCUCCCAUAUCUCGUUCUCCCUUCUCCUCUUUCGCCUAGUAGAUUCUGCCGCUUUCUGAAACUCCUAGAUGGACAAUUUCUUGUUCCUUGCUGUUACAGUUCGACCCAUGGCAGCAGCAGCGGCACCUCGUGCGGCUCCCUCUGCCUUGGCGAAAUGGUGUGCGACUAUCUCGAGAACGAGUGCGACGCCUGCGAUCCCUGCGAUGCAUGUGACGUUCCUUGUGACGUCGCCUGCGACGCUACUGGCGAUGACGACCGCGGGUGUUGCGGGACCUGGCAGACGUGGAAGGCGGCAACAGGGAAAGGAGGAGCAGCAGGAGCAGCAGGAGCAGCAGCAGGAGCAAGAGAAGCGGCAGAAGCAGCGGUUGCGAGCGCGCGUAACCAUCCCUAUGGACGACGGGUUACAGAGUCUCGGGCAUUUGGAGCAUCGGACAGCCUUGAACGCCUUGCUUCAUUGGUCGAGCAGACCCUCAGCUGUUGUGAGACGCCAGAGGAGUAUGCAAUGCUUGAGACCAUCUCUGCUGCCAUGAAGCACGCUCACACCACCUCACCUGUCCCGUACCGCAUCCGUUUGCUCGUGUACUUCCCUGCCCUCAGCUGUUGUGAGACGCCAGAGGAGUAUGCAGUGCUUGAGAUAGUUUCUGCUGCCAUGAAAUCAUCCGCGUCUUCCAUCCCUCCUUCCCCACUUUCCUUUCUCUCCCCUCCAACCCCCCCCCACCCCCUCCCUUUCACCCAUCCUGGACUGUAUCCCAGCUGCCAUGACUACUGUGAUGUCAUUCUUCAACCAUCCUCCCCCAACCGCCUGCCCAGCCGUUUAAUAAUCGACCCCGAUUUCCGGGCACAAUUCCAAAUCGCCCAUCCCACACCGCACUACGACUACAUCCUCCAGCUGACCCCACUUUUUUUUGUGGGCUGCCCAGACCGGCUGCACCAGCUGGUGAAAGUUUUGUGCGAGGCGGUGUGGCUGUCGAUGCAUGAACAGGGAAUGCACGUGCCGCCGUGGCGCCGGCACCAAUACAUGGCUGCCAAGUGGACUGCUGCUUACUCCCGGCGUGUUGCCGUCUCUGCGGAUCGUUUGGGAGAUGGAAUAGCUGCUGCUGCUGCUGCUGCUGCUGCUGUUGCUGCUGCUUCUGCUGCUGCUGCUGCUGCUGCUGCUGCUGUUGCUGCUGCUGCUGCUGCUGUUGCUGCUGCUGCUGCUGCUGCUGCUGCUUCUGCUGCUGCUGCUGCUGCUGCUGCUGCUGCUGCUGCUGCUGCUGCUGCUGCUGCUGCUGCUGCUGCUGCUGCUGCUGCUGCUAUUGCUGCUGCUGAUGGCCCUGCUUGUCCUACUCUUGCGGAGGAGGAGGAGGAGAAAGAGGAGGAGGAGGAGGAGGAGGAGGAGGAGUAG